UUCCAGCGCAGAACAGAGACUCGGACAGGGCCACACUCCAACACCUGCAAGUUCACUGCAUCGGUUUAAGACUUUGUAGUAAAUUUCCCCUCCAGCGAUGGAGAGCAGGAUCAGACCUCUUGGCCUGAGCGCGCACACUCCCAGCCCGCUGGGCAGCUUACAGAUGCCCCCGUCCCUCCUGCGCCCUCCGCCGCUGUUCCUCCGCGCCUGCAACCCGACGCUGGAGAGAGGAUACCCGCGCACCCCGAAGUGCGCCAGGUGCAGGAACCACGGCGUGGUCUCCGCGCUCAAGGGCCACAAGCGCUUCUGCCGCUGGAGAGACUGCGUGUGCGCAAAGUGCACGCUGAUCGCGGAGCGGCAGAGGGUGAUGGCGGCGCAGGUGGCGCUGCGGAGGCAGCAGGCGCAGGAGGAGAGCGAGGCCCGGGAGCUGCGCCUCCUCUACCCGCAGGGAUCGGCCCUGGGCACCGCGGUACCGGCGUCUCCCAGCACACCCACUGCUCCAGCUGCGCCCUGCUUUGAGGUUUUUGGAACAGAAAACCAGAAAUAUGAUGACAAAUUAAGCAAAUACAGCUUCUACAAUGGCUUGGUGGGUCGUCCCUUCUUCGCCUCCCACCCUGCACGGCUGCCCUCUCCAAGUGGAACCGGGUCUCCAUCCCCCGGUAAGGACAUCACCGGGGACCGCGGGAGUCCCUCGCCGGUGUCCGAUCAGCGCUCUGACCCCACAGAGAGUCCCCACGGGUCCAGCUCCUCCUCAGAUCCGGAGUCUGGGAGCGAGUCGGAGAAACCCAAGGAGUACCCGAGCCUGGAGCGCGACCCCACCGACAUCAUGACCAAGAUCUUCCCCCAUCAGAAACGGGACGCUCUGGAGUCUAUGGUGAAGACGUGCAAAGGCGACAUAGUCAGAUCGAUCGAGCUCGUGCUGAACUCUAAAGAGAGUAAAUCUGACUCUGAAGGUGCGUCUCAGUCGGGUCUCCCGGGCGCGCUCGGGCCCUCCGGUGCGCUCGGCGCUCCGGGGAACAAGUCCGCCUUCUCCCCGCUGCACUUGCCGCCGGCUGCCGGGGGAGACGGCCUGUACGGACUGAGCCCCCGCCUCGGGGUCAGCCCCUUACGGCUCGCAUAUUCCUCUGCAAACGGCGGCGUGGCGAGUUUUAUGUCACCAUACAUGACAUCUGGACUGAUGCCAGUGUUUCCUCUGCGCCCCCCUUUGGACUCAUACUCCUUCCCCGGGAUGAUCCGAGACCUCAGUUACCUCCAGAGCAAAGAGUCCCUGUGCGGUACAGGACUUUACGCACGACUAAACAAUGACAAAUAACACUUUUACUGUUGUGAAAUUGAAUACACUUUCCAAGAGCCUCGAAACCAAUGAAUGUGCUCAAAAACAGUUUAAUUAUCACUUGUUUGUACACUACAUUCUGUAAAGUUUGGUUUUGAUUAAUAAAGCUAUUUUGUUGUUAUAUUUUAUGUUUCAAGAAGA